CUCGCCGCGUUAAUACAUCAAACCUCGAGAAUCCACACCCCUCGCAGCUCAUCCCCACAGACCCUAGCGCAUCUAUUGUUUGCUUUCAGACGGCGAAGCGCCUGUCCUACCGCCAUCUAAAUCCAUCCGCGUAGGCUUCGGCCAGUGAUACUUACUUGAGGCAGGCUCUGGGAGACUGCACUGUACUGAGGAUUCCGUAAGGAGAUCAACCGCCCGGCGGAGCGCCGCUUGUAUUUGCGUGAGUAUCGGACAAAAAAGGACACCCGUCCUCGGACAACAACACCGGACUCGACGAGCAUCAGAAUGCUGUCCACAAAUUCACCCCAGGGCAUCUCGCGCCGACGAAUGCAACACAGACGCCAACUCUCGACACCAAAUGCAUUCGAGAUGCCCAGCGUACGACAGAGCCCUGCUAGCCCACAACGGCCACGACACAAUCGGUCAGGCAUGAGCCUGGAUCUUCGAGGCCUCAACCUCGAGUCGAUCCAUGCACCCAGCCCCGGUCCCUACCAGCAGGAGCACAGUACGGUGAGCUUCACUAACCAUCUAGGACAACCAUCACAGCAAACUAUGCAAGUAGCGCAAUCGCACAGCAUGCCCCAGCCGGGUCCCCAGGAGGCCUUCCUACACUCCCCAGUACAGUUAUCUCCCAGAUGCAGAUCACCGCGGUCGCCAUUACGGUCGCCCAUCUAUUCGUCGCGGCCACACUCUCCCCAGAGCCGCCCCCAAUCACCUAGCAAGGCUCCUACCGAGCAACAAUUGAAGGACCUCCACGAGCACAUACAGUCCGUGUAUGGCUCAUGUGGACAAGUCUUCAUCAACAUCCUCCCCACACCGACGGUUGCGGCAGCACCACAAGCCGUCAUCCCCGAGAAGCCUGUACAGCUGCCCAGCCAUCAGUCCUUUGGCAUGGCACCUCACCCUACAAACUUCAACGACGUUGCGGAUAUCAACCUUCAGCCAAGAUCACGUGCGAUGACAUUCGACUUCGAGAACACAGAGCAAGACAACGGAUACGAGUCAUCCGGGUACUACACAUCAGACGUGUCGCCGUCGCCGCAAGCUUCGCCACGCAUGAGGAUGUCGCAGCCCUUCCUCCAGGGCAUCUCAGAGGACCAAGAGACACCCUUCUCGCACGCACCGACACUCCUUCCCGCACUAGAGCCCCAUAGCCCGAUUCACGGUGACCCGAACGGUCUGCCGCUUGCCGCAAGCCCUUACGAAGAGGUUCCAAUGUAUACCGAUCUCGAAAUUGACGCCAGCCUCGAAUUCACCGGCAUCUCUCCCGAUGAGGUCCAGCGCUACAUCAGUGAGCAGGAUCCCAAGACGAACAAGUGGACCUGCAUGUAUCAAGACUGCAAAAAGGUCUUUGGCAGGAGGGAGAAUAUUCGGUCGCAUGUCCAGACACAUCUUGGUGACAGGCAAUACAGGUGCAACGGAUGCGGCAAGUGCUUUGUGCGACAGCACGACCUCAAGCGUCACGCGAAGAUCCACACAGGCAACAAGCCUUAUAAGUGCCCCUGUGGUGCUGGCUUUGCUCGACAAGACGCUCUUACAAGACAUCGUCAACGCGGCAUGUGCGUUGGUGGAUUCGCUGAUGCCGUACGACGACAGGCAAAGCGUGGCAGGCCAAAGAAGCACCGUCCUGAGAUGGAAGAGCGUGUAGAGAAGGCAAGCAGGACUCGACGUGCCCUCGCCUCUGCGGCCUCAUCUGUUUCCGCUAGCUCACCUGAUUCGGAUGCUCGAUCGCCAUACGAGUCGUUUGAUUCUGCACAUACACAGAACUUCAAUGAGCCCAUAAACGCGUCAACAGAUCCAUUCAGUUUCGAGCCCCAAUCCAGCCCGUACCACGAGGAAGACCACGAGGAUGACUUCGCGCUUACCACAUCUUAUACCAGUGAAGUUGCGUCGAUGAACCUCCUGCGCGAGUUGUCCGAUGAACCAGCGCAGACACCUCCUCUUUCACCAGGCCUCCGCUCACGAUCGCGCGAAGCAGUGCCCGAGCGAAGACAGUCAUACAAGCCAAACCAGCCGAGCCCAUUGAAAGUCACAGAUUCGCCAUCGCGGACAUCUGUCCAGUCACAGCAGUUCACAACACCGCCGACAUCUCCAAUCGAGCGAAAGGAUGAGUUGGAUGAACUUUUCGACAUUCGACCGGAGCCCUCGCUUUCGCAAUUCGACCUCGAGAUGAGGGCCAUGAGCGAUUUUACAGCGGCGGACAAUAGCUCGUACGACUUCCUCGACUUCACUACCGUAUAAUCUUAGCGACAUCAGACAUUUGGGGAGGCUGUAUGAUAUAUUGGGAUUCACGAACGUAACGACUGGUGUUCUUGCAAUCUCAGGGAAAGCUUUUGCUGGUGCAUUUUGGAUUUGAGCGGCUUCGUUUCUACGCUUUCGCAGCAAGGACUGCAUGUGCAUCUGUUCAAGAUUAAGAUUGAAUAUGUUCUUGACAUCUCGUAAUAGGGUCCGCACAGUUUUUCUGUAGCGAUGACGGCGUUCUUAGUCUGGGUUUGCUUCUAGAAAGAGUUUGCAUUGCAAAGCGGACGACUCUUUGACAUUCCUUUUGUUAUCUAUUCUGGCUGCAGUAUGCAUCCCAGGGACACAGCUUAGCAACAAAUACACUGUCACUGACAGUUUCCACUUGCU